AGUCGAACGACAGCGAACAGUUUUGCGUAUUGUGUUGUCUACCUUCUUGUUCACACGGAAUUCUAUGUUUAGUAGAGUAAAAAUUCCCAACAUUGGCUAAGAGGUCAAUAGCAUUGUUGAUUAGAGUUACUUUGCUACCGAUGAUGCUGUUACGUGUAGUAUGUGCUCGGCAAGUGUUGGAAGCAACCGUCGUGCUCUUGUGUGUGCUCUACACAUCGUACCACGAUCCCAGCUGGAGUGCUGCCACCUACUUGUACUUGCUCGCUCCAUGGGCACUUCUUGCUGUUUCUUCGUUACUGGUGCCGGACAGAAGACGUGCCACUCCGGACAAGCCACAGCUGUACAGAGACGCUGACGACGGAGAUUGGUGCUUCACGCUGCUGCCAAUCUGCCUCCGAAACACGAGCUUCGCGAGAACGUCGCCGGUAUCGGCCGAAUUCCUUGUGGUAACCUGCGCCGCGGCGGCAGUCGUCAAAGUUUCGUCGCGAUGCGGUGUGAAGAGAGGGUCGGCAUUGCAGAAUCUGACAGUGGAGUUUGCCGUCACGGCCGGUUGUGCGAUAUUACUAUCGCUGGUGAAUGGACCUAAUGCGGGGAGCGUUGCGACGAGAGCGCUGCAGGGCGGCGCCGUGACCGCGGCCGCCGCGUUGUUCCUGUUCUUCGUGCACGCGUUGCCGCACGUCUGCGCACAGAGCUUCACACUGGGCGAGGUCGUCGUCGUUUCACAGUGUCUAGUCGUCGCCCUGUGCUCGGCUGCGACGAAUUUCGCAUGUCGAGUCGGCGGCCACCGCGGCGAGGCGGGGGGCGGCGCGUGCUCUUUCAGCGACGUCGCAGCUUUCAAUCAGAUGCUGCUGCUCGGAGCCGUGUGCAUCGUGUUGUUGCUGACCGUGUUUAACCCGGCGAGGAACUUUCGAAUUUUCUUCGCCAUAGUUGCUGCGGUCGGAGGUUUCGUCGUCGUGCCGCUCUUAUGGGUUCUUCUCGGCAGGUUCCCGUUUCUCUGGCUGUUUGAGUACAUAGUGAGUGACAAAAUCAAACCGGCGCUGAUCGCAUACUGGUUUGCCGCGUCCGUAGCUGCGGGGGCGAUCGCAGCAAAUUUUCAGCAGGAAAUUCGCGGCGUCACGACCGCAGUGCGAAAGUACUUCCACCUGUGCGCGAUCGCGAUAUUCCUGCCCGGCGUGUGCGUCGACCUGCAGCUGACGAGGCUGGCGGCGGGAAUCGCGCUCUUCCUGUUUGUCGGAGCCGAGUGCGUGCGAGCGCUCUGCAUCCCGCCCGUCGGCGAAGCCCUGCGACGAAGCCUGGACGCGUUUCGCGACGAGAAGGACGGCGCUGUCGUACUGAGCCACAUCCACCUGCUCGUCGGCUGCGCGCUGCCGCUCUUCCUCAGUGACCACCAGGUGGCAGGCCUGUGCACGCCUGAGCUCGUCAGCGGCCUCCUGGCGGUGGGGGUCGGCGACACCGUGGCCUCCGUCGGCGGCUCGAAGCUGGGAAGGAUGCGGUGGCCGGGCACUAGCAAGACUGUGGAAGGAACAACGUUGGCUGCCGUUGCACAGAUGACGUGCGUCUGUGUGGUAGCUUGGGUUUGUCGACCAGGCAUCGCGCUGUCAGAAGCGACGAGAUUUGCAUUUCCGAUCGUUGCAGUUUCGUUGCUGGAGGGUUUCACCGAACAGAUUGACAACUUUGUUUUGCCGCUGAUGUUGUACCCGAUGUUAAAAGUAUUGAAUGCGAAUUGCUUGGACGCUUAGUCCGUUUAUAGGUGAAAAAGCAUUUAAAUAAAUGUGAUAACUACUUUUUAAAAUAAAAUGGUUAGGAUAGAUGAAAUUGUUCAGCACAUUGUGUAGUAUCAUUUCCAUAUAAUGAGCCUACUCUGUAAGUCGGGUGCAAACUUCAAGUAAAAACCUUAAACUUAAUUCUGAUGACUUACAUGUUUAGCUAAUUUUGUUUCUGUUAUUCUUCAAAUUUCUACACAUUAGACUUAUUGCAUUUGAGAUAAUUCAGGUGUUUUAUUAAUGCCGGAACAUUUAUUUCUGUUUACAGGUAGGACUGUGUGAAAAUAGAUACAUAUAAUUUGUCACACUGAUAUAUUUCAUAAUGUGAAUGAUCAAUAAAUAUACUGAUAACGAUACGUCAA